CCCCCGCCGGCGGCCACCAUGAGCACAGGCCUGCGGUACAAGAGCAAGCUGGCGACCCCAGAGGACAAACAGGAUAUAGACAAGCAGUACGUGGGCUUUGCCACACUGCCCAACCAGGUCCACCGCAAGUCGGUGAAGAAGGGCUUCGAUUUCACUCUCAUGGUGGCGGGUGAGUCAGGCCUGGGGAAGUCCACUCUGGUCCACAGCCUCUUCCUGACUGACUUGUACAAGGACCGGAAGCUGCUCAGUGCUGAGGAACGCAUCAGCCAGACAGUGGAGAUCCUCAAGCACACGGUGGACAUUGAAGAGAAGGGGGUCAAGCUGAAACUCACCAUCGUGGACACGCCAGGCUUCGGGGACGCUGUCAACAACUCUGAGUGCUGGAAGCCCAUCACGGACUACGUGGACCAGCAGUUUGAGCAGUACUUCCGGGAUGAGAGCGGCCUGAACCGCAAAAACAUCCAGGACAAUCGGGUGCACUGCUGCCUCUACUUCAUCUCCCCCUUUGGGCAUGGCCUGCGGCCGGUGGAUGUGGGCUUCAUGAAAGCUUUGCACGAGAAGGUGAACAUCGUGCCCCUGAUCGCCAAAGCCGACUGCCUCGUCCCCAGCGAGAUCCGGAAACUAAAAGAACGGAUCCGGGAAGAGAUUGACAAGUUUGGGAUCCGUGUGUACCAGUUCCCUGAGUGUGAUUCUGACGAGGAUGAGGACUUCAAGCAGCAGGAUCGGGAGUUGAAGGAAAGUGCCCCUUUUGCAGUUAUUGGCAGCAACACGGUGGUGGAGGCCAAGGGGCAGCGGGUCCGGGGACGACUGUAUCCCUGGGGCAUUGUGGAAGUGGAGAACCAGGCGCACUGCGACUUCGUGAAGCUGCGUAACAUGCUUAUCCGCACGCACAUGCACGACCUCAAAGACGUGACUUGCGACGUGCAUUAUGAGAACUACCGCGCGCACUGCAUCCAGCAGAUGACCAGCAAACUGACCCAGGACAGCCGCAUGGAGAGCCCCAUCCCCAUCCUGCCUCUGCCCACUCCGGACGCUGAGACUGAGAAGCUUAUCCGGAUGAAGGAUGAAGAGCUGAGGCGCAUGCAGGAGAUGUUGCAGAAGAUGAAACAGCAAAUGCAAGACCAGUGAC